GAGAAAUCAUCAAUAAUGACAGAUAAACAAGAGCAUAAUGACGAGAUUCGUUCGAUGUCACGUAAAUUCGAGGCGAUAUCAACCACAGACAGGAAUUCAAACUCCCACGAUCGUCCGGAGGAAGACUCCCCAUCGAGGAUGACCCUGAGGGCAUCCAGACAUCAGGAAGAGGUGAGACACACAGAUGUCUCGUCCCUAUCGUCUCACGAAGCCCACAGAGACAUUCCAGAGAGAAUUAUUUUCGUUGUGGACACCGUCAGAGAGACAGACUGCACUCCUUUUGAAAUAGGCUCUGGAGCCAAGUUCCCUCCCCUUCACAUGAUAAAACGCGUUGUCGAGGUGUUCAUCAGUGCCAAGGGGUCAAUCAACAAAAAACACGAGUACGCAAUCAUGAAAUUGUCUGAUGACACUUGCCAGUGGAUCUGUGACUUCACCGACAACCCCAAAAUCCUCGUAAACCAUCUUGACAGAAUUGAAGAGGUCCAGGUGGAGGAGAACUCCACCAGGUACGAUCUCACCGAGUGCUUUCGACUGAUCAACGAAAAAGUGGACGUGGAGUGGAGCUCCAGACGACCCAAAUCCCUCACUCGUGUUAUUCUGAUCUACGCGAGGUCUCAUUGCAUUCCUCAAUUCUCUGACUCCAAGUGCUUUACGACCCUCAUGGAGAACUCUCACUUCUUUACUGACGUUGUUUAUGUUCACGAGAAAGUCACUGAGGAUAACGAGUGCGAGGAGGUGUACACAAAACUUGGAGAGCUGGACGUUAAACAGAAUUCAUUCAUUUUCGAAGUGGCCAGGAAUCCUGCAAAUCUUCACAACACCAUGGCGAAGCUACUGGCGCAUCCCUUGCAACGACCGAAGCAGGAUGAUACGUGUUAUGUGCCUCAGUGUUUAGGGGAUAUUUCAGAUAUUCAGACUAAUGUUUGAAGAUGAGACUAUUUUUUGUCCGGGGAAGUGGUGAAGUGGACUUUGGGGUUGGGAAGCUUUCGUGGGGAUUUACCAUGCCCUCUUCUCGAGACUUCAAUAUGUUGGACAGUCAGUGACGAUUACCAGCAGUUUCUGCUGGAUUAUUCAUGAAGAUUGAGAAAUUUUUUAUUGAUUCAGCAGUUGAAAUUAGUUCCAUCUUCUGUUCGAGGAACUCGAAAAAUUGAUUUUAAACAAAGAAUGGACAGAAGAUUAUGGAUUGUUCGAUAGAAUUAUUUGAAAUAUUUGACAACUAGCCCACUUCAUCACUAGUUUUAUAAUUCUGUAAUGUUUAUUGCGUAAACAAAUAUUUGUUGUUGAAAAACUAAAUUACACUGCUCAACCGGUUGAACCCUCAGUUCCCUUGGCACGAAAUGUGGAUUGGAAAAUAAUUUGUUUCCACGACCGAGACAGUACAAUUUGUAUUACGUAUUGAUAAUUAAUGGGUAUGGAGGAGUUGAGGAAAGCCUGAUUGAUGAAUAAAUAGUAUAUGUUUCAUGAUUAAAAAUAA